AUAGUGAAUAGAAGAUGGCCGAGGAAAGCGAGAAGCCAGCCGGUGUGCCAGCAGUUCCGGUGUCGUUCAGUUUUUCCCGAACGAGCGGACGGAAGCGGUUUCUCCAUAUAACUGGGCAGGAUGGCAAGGAAGCGAAACAGGAACCCGAUUUCCUCUCCGCGGUUGAAGGGAAAGAAUUGCAAAGUGUUCGACCAGCCCCUCAGCCAAAAGAGCUUGUCAUUCCCUUGAUCCGAAAGAAUCAGUGGAAGAAGCCUGAGGUAUCUGCAACCCAUCAGGAGCAGGAUGGGAUGAAUGGUGUUGAUGCACAAGCAGUCAAAGAACUCAUUGAAGAAUCCAAGAAAUCCCAGGAACUGUGGGAAAGUGGAAGCAAGGUAGACCCCAACUUUGCAAUUCCUCUCCUCAUGGUGAACCGUGUGCCUGAUGGCUUUGAAGACGGGGACAAAGUGGAUGUCAGCCUCCGCCCAGAAGCGUCAACUGAGGCAGAUUAUGAAGAGGUACCAGUGGAAGCUUAUGGUCUUGCUAUGUUGAAGGGCAUGGGCUGGAAGGCAGGAGAAGGCAUUGGGCACACAUUUAAACAGGACGUGAAGCCAGCAGAAAACCGUCUUCGGCCCAAGGGCUUGGGCCUUGGAGCAGAUCGCUCAGCAGCCAAGGACUUGCAGCCCUCAGGAUCCCGGCGACCCCCAAAACCUGGCGAGGAACCUUCAAAGAGCAAAGAUGAACCUUUGGGGUUGGUUCCAGGAGGCGCUGUCUUCAUCGAAAGUGGACCUCAUAAGGAGCUGUACGGAAAGAUUGAAGGUGUUGAUGGAGAUAAUGCUCGUGUCAUGGUGAAACUGGCAAUUGGCAACAAAGUGGUCACUGUGAGUCAACAUGGAGUUCGGCCUGUUACCCAGAAAGAAUACGAUAAGCUGGCUAAAGACUUAAGUCGCCUCAGCAAGGCUCACAAAGAGAAGGAGGAGGAACAAAAAAACGAGGCCAAGGACAGCUCGGAUAACAGGGCCUCCAAGGGAAAAAACGAGAGCAGGGACAAAAAAAGGAAGCACCCAGCCGAUGCAGAUAGAGAGAACCAUACUGGGAAGCAGAGUAAGUCUACUGACAGUUCCUCUUCCAGAGCUACUCACUGGUUACGCCAAGAUCUGCGAGUCCGUUUUAUAGAUAAGCUCUACAAAGGGGGCAAAUAUUAUAAUACUAAGAUGAUAAUUGAAGACGUCCUCAAGCCAGAUACUUGUGUUUGCCGAGUAGACAAAGGACAAAUUCUGGAUGGUAUCCAUGAGUCCAUGCUGGAGACUGUAAUUCCUCGGAAUGAUUCAGACUGGGUUAUGGUGGUAUUAGGGGAGCAUGCUGGAAAGAUGGGCCGUAUUCUGCGUCGAGACAAGGGACAGAGUCGUGCAGUGGUGCAACUGCAACAGGAUGAAGAAAAGCUUCUGACCCUGGAUUAUGAUGUAAUCUGUCACUAUGUUGGUGGCGUCGAGGAUGAUUGACAUCCACAGCUCCUCCAAAAAGAGAACAUCUACAGAACAGAGGAAUUUCUCUUCUGAGGCUCAAAAUAAAGAGCCAAGUUCAUAAUCUCAGCGGAAUAGUGUUGGAAGUAUUAAGCAUGACAAAUGACACUGUUGGCAGCCUUCAUAUGCACAGCAAUCCAUGAUUCAUAUUCAGUUAUUUGGCUUUUUUUUUCCUAAUGAAAGUUAGAUGGGCUGUUACUUUUGGCUAGUGACAUGAUCAAAAUCUCUGAAUCAAUGAUGGUGCUCCAGAAUCAGCCAAAAACAAGGCACUAUGUGGCACAAUCAAACUGUUGCUGGUCAUCUCUGGAUCUAGAGGACUGAAAAUUAAGCCACUCCUAGCAACAAGGAGUUCUGAUUUAGAACUAGUGGUUCAUGGGCUUCCAUUAUAAAUUAUUCUUUGGGAUAUGGAGUUAUAAUCUCUUAAAUUCUUUUCUAGAGAAUAACUACUACAAUUUGUGUCAUCUGCUGAAAAUUUGGGAUUGAAGGCUGGUAAAAUGUAUGUAAAAAUAACUUGCUUUUAAACUAAAAUUUUCAAAACAUUCAAGGAUGGAACCUGGAACCAAUGUAUCUUCCUGAUUUUUUUCAGGAUGGUCAUUUUUUUAAAUGAACUUAUAUUCACAAAAUCCUGAAGCAAUUAGUAGACAGAAAAGAGAAUUGCUACACUGUAUGGAAGUUUGCAAAAGUUAUUUUGUUAGAAGAAACUGACAAGAUUACAAGGCAUUCCUGGAAGAAGGAAUAAUACUUAUUUUACAUUAUCCUGGGGUGUGUAUUUUCAUCAUAGCCCUAAACAUAAAUAAGCAUCAGAAAUAAACAGAUGAAUCAUCUUUUGGGAAGUGUCUGAUUUUGCUAAAACAAAUAAGAUUGUGUGUAAAUUUCCCUCUCAAAAUGUCAUGUAAAAUUACUGUCCAUUUUCCUGCCACCGGUGUAAAAAUGAAUACAACUACUAUGUGUAAAUUAAGUUUCAUGGAUUUCACUGAUAGUUUACUUUCAUUUUGGCUAUAAUAUAAGUAAAGUCUUAUUUUUGCC